CUUUUACGGUCCCGCCGCCGUUAACGUUACUCUCGCCGUCACCACCAGCGGCGUACACCGACCGAGUAAAAGUCAAGAUGGCGACCGAGGGUCAAAGCGAGUACGAGUCUGUCCUCUGUGUCAAACCCGAAGUGAACGUUUACCGAAUCCCACCGAGAGCCUCCAACCGUGCCAUCAGGGCAGCCGAUUGGAAGCUGGAUGCUCCUGACUGGACGGGACGCAUGCGUGUGACGGCCCGGGGGAAAGUGGCCUAUGUGAAGUUGGAAGACAAAAUCUCUGGGGAAUUGUUUGCACAGGCACCAGUAGAAGAAUAUCCUGGGAUCACAGUGGAAACAGUUAGUGACUCCAGCCGUUACUUUGUGCUCCGCAUCCAGGAUGACAGUGGCCGCAGUGCAUUCAUAGGCAUUGGAUUUAGUGAUCGAUGCGAUGCCUUUGACUUCAACGUUGCACUUCAGGACCACUUUAAGUGGGUGAAACAGGAAGAUGAGUUCAGUAAGCAAGCGCAGGCUCCAGACUUGACUCCCAAACUGGACCUGGGCUUCAAAGAAGGACAGACUAUAACGCUCAAUAUUGGGCAAUCCAAAAAGAAGGACAGGUCUCGUCCUCAGAGUUCCGGUGGUUUCGGGCUCCUUCCUCCUCCGCCUGGGGGAAAACUAGCACCACCGCCUUCGUCCAGAUCUACUAAUCACAACACACAACCGUCUGCAGGAGUGAGCGACACUGGUUGUUUGCUAAACCUGGACUCCAGUAACUCCAACUCAGUGGCUCCGUCCAGCACCACAGCCAGCUCUGACCUGUGGGGAGACUUUGACUCUGUUUCCUCGAAGUGAGACGACAUACGACCCUUCUACUGUCUCUGUGUGCAAAGCUAUGCGGCACAUUUUGCAGCCAUUUCGGGGUCCUGUAUCUGACCUUACGUGAGUUUCUUGUUUGUUUGUUUUGUUUUCGUUCAGUUUCUCAUGUCCUUUGUUCUGACUUUCGUCUGAGAAAACGCCCGGAUCUCAGAGCACAUGUGUCCUACUUGUGUCAUUCUCACUAAAGGUUCUUCUCUCCCUCUGUCUGUCCAGUCUAACGUUGUAGUUUCCAUUUUUGAAUCCUACAUUUGCGUUUACACUUUCCUCACUGUUCCAGUGGUUUAUUUGCUAAUUUAUAUUGUAGAAUUGAAAUAAAAGAACUAUGAUAGAAGGGUUAGAAACAUCUGAUGAGGGGAAACUAAUUAAAUACAAUAAUGAAUGAAUUUUAUGUACAGAGAAUAUUUAUUCUAAAUGUAUAUAUUAUCAGCAGUUUGUAAGUAUUGCCAUCGCUGUUGUCACCUGUAUGUACUGUAGCUUCUUUUUCUUCAAGUCUCCAGCAGUGGGACUGAAAAUAUGCACUGACAGUCGGCUCUGUCUUUGUAGUUAGUGAUGUAUAAUCCAUAUUUAACACAGGGAUCAUCAAAUAAUAGAUUCUCGGUUCAUGUGAAGUUUACCACGAAAUGAUUUUACUUGAAAGAAACCAGUUGAGCUGUAACUGAUUUAUGGGGUAGAUGUGCUCUCUAGCACUCUCUAGUGGGCCUUUGUGGGUUUAGAGCAUUAACUUUGAGGAUUUAUCAUAUCAAGAUGCAGCUUUUGAUCACAUGUUUUGUUUCAACAGUUUUUAAGUGUAAAAUCAUGACAGAGAGUUAGUCGAGUAGGAGUGUUAGGUCAUGCAAUAGGAUCUUAACAAAUAGAAGCGAGGCAUUAAGUGCUUUUAUCGUCGCCUCAAGGGUAAAUAAAGAUGAUUUAGUUCAUGUUAUGUCAUAACUACUCAGCACAGCUGUUAAAAGCUGCGACUGGUGAGUCAUCUGUGUCACGACCUGUUUCCUCCUCAAUGAAUGGGUCUGUGUUUCUGCACUGGGAUGGGCCUAACCUCCUUAAUACUUCCUGAGAAGGUGAGCAGGUUGCAGACCUCAGCAUGUUGUACUGUACAAACAAGCUUUUGACUGUGAAGAUCUGAUGUUGUUCAAUUUAUGAUUCCAUGCAGACAAAUGCAAA